AGCAGCUGCUGCAAUGGCAGGAGGGAGAGAGAGGGUGGUAUAUUUGCUGAAACAGCUGCAUCGUGCGUCAUGCAUGUGCCCUGCUCACUCCCACACUUAUUCACAAGGUACAGAAAGUGCAGCGUUAGGGAAAACAGACUAUGCUUUUGAGAUGGCUGUUUCCAAUAUCCGAUAUGGAAAGGGAGUUACUAAGGAAGUGGGAAUGGACCUGCAGAGUAUGGGUGCCAGAAAAGUCUGUGUGAUGACAGAUAAAAACCUCUGUCAGCUCCCUCCCAUGAAAGCAGUCUUGGAUUCUCUGACAAAAAAUGGGAUAACCUUCAAGCUAUAUGACAAUGUAAGAGUGGAGCCAACAGACCAGAGCUUCUUGAAUGCCAUCGAGUUUGCUAAAAAGGGAGAGUUUGAUUCCUAUGUUGCUGUAGGAGGAGGUUCCGUAAUCGACACUUGUAAAUGUGCUAAUCUCUACGCAUCCAGCCCUGAUUCUGAAUUCUUAGAUUAUGUCAGUGCUCCCAUUGGAAAAGGAAAGCCCGUUAAAGUCACUCUCAAGCCAUUGAUUGCAGUUCCUACAACAGCUGGAACUGGAAGUGAAACCACUGGAGUUGCUAUUUUUGAUUACAAACAACUAAAAGCAAAAACGGGCAUUGCUUCUAGAGCCAUUAAACCCUCUUUGGGCCUUGUUGAUCCCUCACAUACUCUCCAUAUGCCUGAGCGGGUGGCAGCCAACAGUGGCUUUGAUGUGCUUUGCCAUGCCCUCGAAUCCUAUCUUCCCUACAGUAAGCGCAGUCCCUGCCCUACAAAUCCAGAGAACCGACCGGCUUAUCAAGGAAGUAACCCUAUCAGUGAUGUCUGGGCCAUCCAUGCACUGCAGAUCGUUGCCAAAUAUUUAAAGAGAGCCAUCAGGGACCCAGAGGAUCGAGAAGCGAGGGCCAAUAUGCAUCUUGCUAGUGCUUUUGCAGGCAUUGGCUUUGGGAAUGCCGGUGUACACCUUUGCCAUGGCAUGUCUUAUCCCAUUUCCGGCUUGGUGAAGAAUUAUAAAGCAAAGGAUUAUCCUGUGGAUCAUUCUCUAGUGCCACACGGUCUCUCUGUGGUGCUCACAUCUCCAGCGGUGUUUACUUUCACAGCACCCAUGUGCCCUGAGCGACAUUUGGAGGCCGCCCAGAUAAUGGGAGCUAAUACCAGCACUGCCAGAAUGAAAGAUGCUGGGCUUAUUUUGGCAGAUACUCUCCGGGAAUUCUUAUUUGAUCUGAAUGUGGAUGAUGGCUUAGCUGCUCUGGGUUAUUCUAAAGCAGACAUCCCAUCUUUAGUCAAAGGCACCCUGCCUCAGGAACGAGUGACUAAGUUGUCCCCUCGUCCCCAGACUGAAGAAGAAUUAGCUGCCUUAUUCGAAGCUUCCAUGAAACUUUAUUAGUUUUAAAUAUUUAAUAUUUUUUCUGUGCAUGGCUGAUGACAUUCAAAUACUGGCUACGCCUACACUACAACUUCGAAUCUGGGAGCCUCAUAUAUCACAUGCUCUCUUAGCUCAAUAUGUCAAACUGGUCAGCACACAUUGAGGGGGAAAAUCAAAAUAUUGGGUCUAUCUAUAGAAUCAUUGUCUAUGCUGCCCUCUGCUGCUACAUUUCAACAGAUUAAAAACAGGAUUCUAGACACUGAGCACCAGAGAUUAUACAUUUUAGUUAAUAAAACCUGCUCCCCUUUGAGUUUCAAAAUACCUCUUUCCACAGGGAAGGUGGCCUCAUAUUUAUCUUCCCUGCAGGUUCCUCAGCAACGCAGAGUGUUUACGCUGGCCAGAUGUAACACUAUGCCUUCCACCAUUUUACAUGGCAGAUUUAACAAGAUAUCUCACUCAGCCAGAUAUUGCCCCUGCAAACAAAAACGUGUUAAGUCAAUUACUCAUGUUCUUUUGUAUUGUCACCUGUAUGUGCAUCUAAGGUAUAUUUACAUUCUACCUUAAACAGCAUGAUGGAUGCACGUAAGGUACAGACUUCUAAAUGACUUCUCCUCUGACAUCACUGAGAAGGUGGCCAAGUUUCUCUGCUCUAAAGCUGUGCCAAAGGACCCCAGAGACAUAAUACUUUUAUAGAUGUACCUAUGGGUCAAGUUUUUACUUUGCUCUUAAAUUGUAUAAUCUGUAUCGAAAAUUUAUACCAAUAAAGGCUAACUUGAACUUACAAUAUUUUUUCAACAGCCUCUAAAGUUUACUUUGUUGCCAUUCUAGCAUGCUAGAAAACUCAAAACAGAAAUGGGGAUGUGAUAAUAAUAAAUGCAA